AUGAAUGAAAGUGCUCGAUCGAUUCUUCAUGAAGUUAUGAAUAAAUCUAAAACAAUUAUUGAAAAUAUUCAAUUACCACCGACAUUAUUAUCACGUUUUGAUUUAAUUUUUCUUUUACUUAAUCCACAAGAUGAAGCAUAUGAUAGACGAUUAGCACAACAUUUAGCUUCAUGGUAUCAAUAUGGAAAAGGAGGUGAAAAUGCUCAUGAAGCUAUGGAUAUUGAUUUACUUCGAGAUUAUAUAUCUUAUGCACGUACAUUUGUUAGUCCACAAUUAACUGAAUUAGCAGGCAAACUUCUUGUUAGUUCAUAUGUUGAAAUGCGAAAAGUUGGUAAUGGUAAAGAACAAAUAUCAGCAUAUCCAAGACAACUUGAAUCAUUAAUUCGUUUGGCUGAAGCACAUGCAAAAGUUCGUCUUUCAGAUAAAGUGGAAGAAUUUGAUGUUGAAGAAGCUAAACGACUUUAUCGUGAAGCAUUAAAACUAUCAGCUGUUGAUCCUAAAACAAAUCGUGUUGAUGUAGCAAUUUUAACAACGGGUAUUAGUGCUAGUGAACGUCGUCUUCGUGCUGAUCUUGUACAAACACUUGAACAUUAUCUUGAAGAACGCAAAUCAACACAGAGUACAGAAUCAAUUAAAAAAGAUACAUUAUUUAAUGAAUUUCGUAAACGAAUUAAUAAAAGUAUAACACGUGAUAUGUUUGACGAUGCUAUUCGUGCAUUAGAAGAAAAAAAAUUCUUGUUGCAACUAAUCAUACUAUUCGAAUUGUUAUAUCAGGAUGAUGAAAUGCGUGAAUUAAUGGAUCAUAUUUAUUCAUUAAUUGAUAUCACCAAACACAAUAUUAAAAACUCAACAGCUAAACGAACAACUGAUAAAAAUGUAGAACUAGAAGAAAACAAUUUACAAGUAUUAGAACAAAGAUUAAUAGGUGAUGGUUUAUUAUCUAAUCUUCGUUUUGGUCCAACUGGUUUAUUUUUACCAGCUAAUAAUGAACCUUCUUCAUCAGCAACUACUCAACCUACACCAUUUGAUUCAAUAGCUAUUGGUAAUACAUCAUCAUUAAAUGAUUCAAAUAAUCAUGCAGGUGUAUUUGGCCAAAUAUCGAAUAUGACAAUACACCACCAGAUCAACAGGUUUGCUAUUCAAUUAGAACAACUUGUUUCAAUGGGUUUUACUAAUCGUGAAGCGAAUUUACAAGCUCUUGUAGCAUCAGUGGGAGAUAUAAAUGCAGCUAUUGAAUGGCUUCAAUUUCAUAAAUAA